AUGGGUGAGGCGUCUCUGCAUGUUAUUUCUAUGGUUUUGAAACGGAUUUUUCUGGACGGACUUAUUAAUCUCGGGAAGGAACAACGAGCAAACUGGCUUCCAUCCUGCAAUUCGAACACCAGCCGGAUGUACAAAACCGUCCGAAGUGGGCCAUCAUGGUGCCCCUUGACCGAUCUCGAAUAUGCAGACGAUGUUGUUAUAUUGACGGAAAGCAGCGCAAAACUUCAACAUGUUGUCAACCUUGUAUCGAAGCUACCGGCAGCCUAUGGACUACGUCUACGCCCUGAUGAAUGCAAGCAGAUGUGGAUCUCUUUGAGAUCUCGAACGGAGAUUAGGGUGGAUGGAGUGCCGAUCGAAGUCGCCAAUGAGUUCUGUCAGGUGGGCUGCAUGCUUAAGAGCAACGGCGGCUACGCGAAAGAUAUUCGACAAAAAUGCGCUAAGGCCACUUCAGCACUUAACUCCCUAACAAAGUCUGUGGUCGACCCCUAUCACCAGCGAUAG